AUGUCGGACCCGCGAGACUCGUCCUCCUACUCCAUCCUGCCCCGAAUUCGCUACAACACUGUCGGUGGCGUCAACGGCCCCUUGGUCAUCCUCGAGAAUGUCAAAUACCCCAAGUACAACGAGAUUGUGAACAUCACCCUUCCCGAUGGCACGCAGCGAUCUGGCCAGGUUCUCGAGGCUCGAGGUGACCGAGCCGUUGUUCAGGUUUUCGAGGGUACCACCGGCAUUGACGUGAAGAAGACAAAAGUCGAGUUCACCGGCCAGAGCUUGAAGCUCGGAGUGUCCGAGGACAUGUUGGGCCGUGUCUUCGAUGGUUCCGGUCGCGCAAUUGACAAGGGCCCCAAGGUCCUCGCCGAGGAGUACCUCGACAUCAACGGCAGUCCCAUUAACCCCUUCUCCCGAGAAUACCCCGAAGAGAUGAUCUCGACCGGUAUCUCUGCCAUCGACACGAUGAACUCGAUUGCGCGUGGCCAGAAGAUUCCUAUCUUCUCCUCCGCCGGUCUGCCUCACAACGAAAUCGCUGCGCAGAUUUGCCGACAGGCUAGUCUGGUCCAGCAACAGGGUGUCACCAACAAGGGCGUGCAUGAUGGUCACGAGGAGAACUUCUCCAUCGUUUUCGGUGCCAUGGGUGUCAACCUUGAGACAGCCCGUUUCUUCACUCGCGAUUUCGAGGAGAACGGCAGUCUGGAGCGUGUCACACUCUUCCUCAACCUCGCCAACGACCCUACCAUCGAGCGUAUCAUUACCCCUCGUCUCGCCCUCACCACCGCCGAAUACUACGCCUACCAGCUCGAGAAGCACGUUCUGGUCAUUCUUACGGAUCUGUCCGCCUACUGCGACGCUCUUCGUGAGGUCUCCGCCGCCCGUGAAGAGGUGCCCGGUCGUCGUGGUUUCCCGGGUUACAUGUACACGGAUUUGUCGACCAUUUACGAGCGAGCUGGUCGUGUCUCGGGCCGCAACGGUUCCAUCACCCAGAUCCCCAUUCUGACCAUGCCCAACGAGGACAUUACCCACCCCAUUCCCGAUCUGACUGGCUACAUCACGGAGGGCCAGAUUUUCGUCGACCGACCCAUGUACAACCGUGGUAUCUACCCGCCCAUCAACGUUCUUCCCUCGCUCUCUCGUCUCAUGAAGUCUGCCAUUGGCGAGGGCAUGACCCGCAAGGAUCACGGCGAUGUUUCCAACCAGCUGUACGCCAAGUACGCUAUUGGUCGUGACGCCGCGGCCAUGAAGGCUGUCGUCGGUGAGGAGGCUCUGUCCAACGAGGACAAGCUGUCGCUCGAGUUCCUGGAGAAGUUUGAGCGCCAGUUCAUUGCCCAGGGACCCUACGAGGCACGCACCAUUUUCGAGUCGCUCGACCUCGCGUGGAGCCUGCUCCGCAUCUACCCCAAGGACCUGCUCAACCGUAUCCCCGCCAAGAUUCUCAACGAGUUUUACCAAAGGGCGGCGAAGGAGGCCAAGGACAAGCAGAAGCAGCGUGACCAGGUGCAGCAGAACGAGGAGAACCUCAUCGACGCAUGA